UACAACUUUGGAGCCUCACCAUUGGGUGAAAUAAUGAUCCCAUGUUGGGACCAUGGGGCUCUCCCUAUAAGAAGUACCUCAGCUACUCUGUUGAGCCAUUAUUUUCUGGCCUGUCUACUACUCAGCACCAUGUUGUACCUUACCAUAGUCAUCCGCUGGUGUUGUACCCCACUGGACCACAUCAACUUUAUCACGGAUAACAUCACAAAGUGGUAUAUGAACAGGUGGACAUACAACGAUACUAGAUAUUUGACAGUUAUCUGCAUUGAGAUUGAACCCAAAGGGACUACCAACUACAUAACCCAGUUAGUACGGUUGAUGCAAAAUCUCUGGGUUGAACCGAAUGUCAAUGUGAUGGAGUGUGGAAAUGUGGAUACGUUGUUGGGAAACAAAAAUGCGUUGGGUGUUGUUAGUAACACCUACAGUGUCACCCACACUGACAGUAGGCCAGGACUCAGUUUCUACAAACAUUUGAGUAACACAGAGGCAUUAGUGAAAGGGUACGACUGGACGAUACUGAAGGGAUCGACCGUGGCGGACAAGUUGACGAACAUGAAGCUGCACUGUCAACAUGAACCGCACUGUGUCACUGUUGUACUGACUGGGUCAUCAACCAAGAUGAUAACAGUGCAAUGUCAAGAACCCCAGAGGAUAUACGACUUGAUGAAGACAUACGGGAUUAGAUGCUCCAACGUCUGGGAUUCCAACAUAGCACUGUCGGCAAUGGCUCCUUGCACAGCGCUGUUUGACCACAAUAUGAUGCUAAUAUAUGCAGACAUGGUCCCCCACACUGAUAACAUCUGUCAGGACACCAACGUCGACACGUUCUACCACAACAUGAAAUACAUCACAAUAAAAGCAAAGGGCAGAGUACUGAGACACAGACCCUACACAAUGCCUCUUCGCAAGUCGGUACAUCUGCCACCACAGCCAACCAGUCGUACUAACACCAUCUCAGGGGACUCUCUGUCCGAGAGUAUACCACUUGCCCUGUACUACAGUGAUCAAUGGGCACGCCUAAACACCGUUAUGGAGUCAGAUGGUCGAUUUGUUUCAAAUGUCCAGUGUGUAUCUCCACAUUACGUGUCUAAAGAUACAUGUAUGGUGGAAAUUGAAUCAGACCAAAACGUUGUGCUUACAGCGCCUGAUGACAAUGAUGAUUUGGACGAUAUAUACCGAACCCCGUUUCCUGUCUCUGCUGUUUGAAAAUGUCAAACCGCUACCUUACAUGUGGACACAUCAUGUGUCUACAGUGUAUAAGACGUAUCAAGAAAGAUGGUGUCCUUCAGUGCCCAAUGUGCAG